AUGUCUUACAGAAUCUCUGCCCCAGAUGAGUACCUUGCCAUUACUGGCAUGGGAAUCAAGACCGUCAAGAUCACAAAGGCAACUUGGGUCUGGCCUCUUCAACGAUGCACACGCUUCAGCAUCCGACCACACGACUAUGCCAUGGACUUGCAGGCCAUGACAAAGGAGAAGCUGCAAUUCUCUCUACCAGUCGUCUUCACCGUGGGUCCCGAUAUUAACCAGCGCGGUGCGAACCAGCGUGGUGGUCCCGACGAUGAAGCAGAUGAUCUCGUUCGCGAAGAUCGUGGCGAUGCCCUGAUGAAGUAUGCUAUGCUUCUGACCAGCUCUGAAGACAAGGAGCACUCUAGCCAGAGCCAGCAUGUCGCCAAUAUCGUCAAGGGAAUCAUUGAGGGCGAGACCCGAGUGUUGGUCUCCAGCAUGACCAUGGAGGAGAUCUUUACCGAGCGAGAGGUCUUCAAGAAGAGAAUCUUCAGAAACAUCCAGAACGAGCUUUCCCAGUUUGGUCUUCUCAUCUUCAACAGUAACGUCAAAGAGUUGAAGGAUGCCCCUGACUCAGUCUACUUUGCCUCCCUCUCCCGCAAAGCCCACGAAGGCGCUACCAACCAGGCCAGAAUUGAUGUAGCAGAGGCUCAACUCCGCGGAAACGUUGGAGAAGCCCAGCGCAAGGGUGAACAGGAGCGUGAGAUCGCAAAGAUCAACGCCGAGACCGCAGUCCAAAAGACGGAGCGCGACAUCGAGAAAGCCCAAGCUGAGAGCAAGCUCGACACCAAGCGAACAGGACUCACACGAGAUGUCGACUUGGCCCGCAUUCAGGCCCAGCGAUCUCUCGAGUCCCAGGAUGAGGAUCUCAAGAGAGAUGUCGAGAAGAAGCGCGCAGCCGCUGAGAUGGAGCGUCUUCGUGCUACAGACGUUGUCAGGGCUACUAUUGAGAGGGAGAGCAAGCAGCAAGCCGCCGAUGCUUCCGCCUACGAAGUCGAGGCUGAUGCUCGUGCUCGCCAGGAAGCUAGUCAGCGCAAGGCCGAUGCCGCUGCUUACCAGACCAAGAUUUCUGCCGAGGCCGAUGCGACAGCUUCUUAUGCCAAGGUGACCAAGAACACAGACGCUGCGACCUACCAGACUCGCAACGACGCCGAGGCAUACAACUACGCCGCUCAGCAGCGCGCUGAAGCCCAGCUUUUUGCUAAGCUCCGCGAGGCAGAAGGUAUUUCCGCCAUGGCUGAAGCCUACGGCAAGCUAUCCAACGCUUUCGGCGGCCCUGCUGGUCUGCUUCAGUACAUGAUGAUCGAGAAGGGUACUUAUGUCGAGCUUGCCAAGGCCAACGCUUCUGCUAUCAGGGGUCUUGAGCCCAAGAUCAGCGUGUGGAACACUGGUAGUGCCCAGGGCGGCCAAGGUGCUGAUGCUACUGAGACGAUGCGCAAUGUUUACCAGAUGUUGCCUCCUCUGAUGAGCACCAUCAACGACCAGACUGGUAUCACACUGCCUGAGUGGCAGUUUGGUAAGAUGAGUGCGGGCGUCAACGCUGUUGGACAGGAGGGUGCCAAGGUUAAUGGACACAAGGGUCAGUAA